AUGAGAAUACACAGGAAACUGUUUGGCACAAUUUGGACGAGAGAACGGGAUGCUGUCACUAUGCUAGAUGCUGCCACUACUACUGUCUUUGCCAUCAUCGCCAAUAUCAUCGUCGUUUUGGCUGCUGCUUCUGCUGAUACUGCUAUAGCACUCAAUAUUGAGGCUAUCAUGACCUAUACGGUCAAUCUCAUGGUGGGGUGA